UGAUUUUUUAUUCCUUAAUAUUGACGUGUGUUAGGUGCUUAUUUGAUGUUGCCAAAUAUGGAUGGCAUGGAUCCCUAAUUAUGUGACUUGUUAACGACUGUGUACCUAAUCUGAAUAACUCUGAACACUAGGUAGUUGUUAUAUAGGAACAUACGGGUGUAGACUAAUGUGUUUCUACACACAUUCCCAAGGCAUAGUUACCUUAUAUAAGAUAUAUAUCAGACUCUCGUAUGUCUUUUCUGUUUUAUUCGGCUGAUAUCCAAGCACUUGCGCAUAUUCAUUUUCCAGUGUCGCAUUUAAGCCAACAGCCAGCCAAUCUCAUGUCGAAGUUGGUACGCUGUUAGUUCUCUAUCAACCGUCGUUAUAUCCGAACGUGUUCGACGAAUAUACAUAGAAGGUUUGCACCAAAAAGAUCUAAUACCAUGGGAGAGAAAUUGGGUACCUUCAGGGCCUGGUAUCUGGUUGCUCUAUGCUGUACUGGCAGCUUCUUGUUCGCAUAUGAUACUGGUGUCGUCGGAGGCGUUCUUACGCUGCCCUCUUUCCAAAAUGACUUCCGUAUCAAUAAACAUAAUUCAUCAAGCGUCGGCUCCAAUGCAACGAGCCUUUUACAGGCUGGAGCUUUCUUCUCCUGUUUCUUCGUGUGGCCGUUUACAGCUCGAUUUGGCCGUCGGUGGUCAAUUGCGCUGGCCUCGCUUAUCUUCAGCAUUGGGGGUAUUAUCCAAGUCAUUAAUACUCACUCAUUGGCCGUCUUCUAUGUAGCUCGUGUUAUUUCAGGGAUAGGGGUUGGGAUGGCUACUGUUAUCAUUCCGAUGUAUAGCGCGGAGAUGGCGCCAAAGCAUAUCAGGGGUCAACUGGGAAGCAUGUUUCAAUUCUUCUUCACCCUCGGUGUAAUGACAUCGUACUGGGUCGACUAUGGUGUGUCACAACACUUAGGUCCAACGACACAACAGUGGCAGAUUCCUAUUGGCCUCCAGCUUGUUCCUGGCGGCAUAUUGGGACUAGGAAUGCUACUAACGAAAGAGAGUACCCGAUGGCUCGCAAAAUCAGGUCGAACGGAAGAAGCUUUGCAGUCACUCAUAUGGGUUCGUGGCGGCGAUAAUGUCAGAGUACAAGAAGAAUUCGCGGAAAUCAUCGCGGGUAUCCGAGAAGAGGAACGUGUCACUGAGGGUCUCACUUGGAAAGAAUACCUUCUUCCAGCGAAUCGCUUCCGCUUUCUCAUCGUCAUAACGCUUCAAAUAGGCGUACAACUAACCGGAAAUACCAGUUUGGCUUACUAUGCUCCGCAGAUAUUCAAAGCAGUUGGCGCCGGCAACCAAAGUCUCUUAAUCAGCGGUUUCUUCGGCGUGGUCAAAGUUGUUUCAUGUUUAUUUUUCUUACUGUUCCUGGUUGAAAGGAUUGGCCGUCGCGGAUCGCUUCUUGGAGGAGCGUUCCUGAUGGGGGUUUAUAUGCUCAUUAUUGCUUGCUUAACAGCUACUCACCCACCAGUUGCCAAUCAAUCUCUGACUAGUACUGGAGCUGCAUCAGUGGCCAUGGUUUAUCUUGAAGCCAUGAGUUAUAAUAUAUCAUGGGGACCGGUUCCUUGGCUUUACAUGAGUGAAAUAUUCCCUUCCCGGAUACGAGAAGCGGGUGUGGCAGUCGGGACGGCCACCCAAUGGCUGUUCAACUUUGUUUUCUCACAAGUCACUCCACAUGCUAUAAACAAUAUUGGUUGGAGGACUUUUCUGAUGUUCUGCAUAUUCAACUGGGCCUUAGUUGUAUACACUUGGUUUUUUAUUAAGGAGACCAAGAACAAAUCUUUAGAGGAAAUGGAAGCUCUUUUUGGGUCCAGCGAAACAGCCAUCGAUUUCGCGAAGGUUCAUGAACAUGUAAAGAGCGAUACAGCCCCAGCAACAAGCGAUAAAAAUUAAGUGGCUUCAUUGCAGAUAUUUGUUGCGUUGCUUGAAAAGGAAGGUGGUGGGUUUUAUGAGGAGGCGUUGGAUACCUGCUGGACUUGCAAGACUCGCAAUAAAGAUACUCAUAACAGUUUGUCGGAAUAACGCCUAAUCAGGAUGAGAAAUCCGUGGGCAUAGUAUCAUAAUAACCGGAAUUAAAUACUCGCCGCGUCAGAUUCCAAGCCCAUCAGGAAAUUCCACCCAUAAGGAGGCUAGAAUAUCACAUUGACAAUACGUAAUUUAUACUUUAGAUACUAAAUAGUUACGAGAACUACCAAUUGAUUUUUUACCUGGUUCGUAGUUC